AUGUGGAAUAUUUUUCAGUCUGACAUCUUUAAAAAUAGGUUCAAAUUAAUGAAUGAUGAAGCUGAAUGUGAGGGGGAUAAAAUCCCUUCUAUGUCGGAUUUUUUUAGAUCUAUCGUGUUGGAAACUACCAGUUGCGCAUUUGUCUGGCAAUAUCUUAAGGAACAGCAAGAGUUAACUGGUUUGGCCAUAUGCUAG